AUGGCGGAGCGUGACUGGCUGGACGCCUUGCUGAGCGAGCCCGACGAUUUUGACAUGCCUCCCGCCUGCCCCUUCGGCGAGGAGGAUUAUUCCAAGGACGCGGAGCAAGAUCAGGGCGACCACGCGAUAGAGGACUCGUCUAUCGUCGACAAAUCUCUGGUCGCCACAGCAAAGAAGCCAAUCGACGCGCUCUACAAGCUGACCCACGCAACAUAUACACCGAUCGAUACAACCCACAAGCCGAUCGACGCAACCUUCAAGCCGACCAACGUGGUUUCCAAGCCGACCGACGAGACGUAUAAGCCGAUUGACGAAGCCUACAAUCAGACUAACGCGACCCACAUUACGCCUACUGACAGAUCGACUGAUCGCCCUGCCGGUGUUCAAUCUGAAGAACCCGAGGUGCGUAGUACCACCCUCACCACCGCUACCACUAGCGUACCUACCAAAAACGUUAUCCCCAUCGGUCUCACCCAAGUUGUCGAACCAGUGAAUUAUCAUGGUCAUAUGGCCCCCGACCACACAACUGCCGCUCAUACCAUCCAUCCCGACUCUCACAUCGUUCAUCCGGUGGCUCUACCGAACGGUCAUCGCAGCGCGGAGUCUCAAAACCAAGCUUCCAACCAGCCGCUUCUGGCUCCGAUUGAUUACGGCGUUCCUUGCGAAGAAUGCAAGGAGGAAUCAAUCUGGCAGCCCGGAGCGGCGCGCUGCUUCGACUGCCUGGGCAACUCGCCCAGCUCCAGAAAACGACAAGCUGUCAUCGCCAGGGCACUUCUUGGUAUUUGGUCUUGCUCGAAUUGCUAUGGCGAGGCUGACAACGGUGCUGGAAAGCACUGCCUACUAUGCAGCCAACGCCAGGUUGCAAAGAAUGAUCGGGCCAGGCAAAGAAGGGCCGCGGGACAAACUUGGGUCCCAGGGUACGUCCAGAAGGGUGGGGUCAGGAAGGAAAGGUCUACCAAGCCCAAAGGCGCAUCAGAGGCCAGCCGCAAGGCCAAGAUUGCCUCAAUCAAGAAGGGGUUGGGCAGGAAUUGA